AUGAAAUCAUAUUUAGGAAACUUAUGAAAUCAUAUUUUGUUGGGUUUUUUUUUUUUUUUUUUUUUUUUUUUUUUUUUUUUUUUUUUCCAUUGGUUGUUUAUUUUCCCUCCAAUAUCAGAAGUCGAAGUGAACCACCAUUUUUCUGCUAAGAAUUCAAAGAUCACUCCUUUCGCUUCCACCGCUCUAUAUAAACAAACCCCGCAGAAAAACACAGAGAGAGAAACAAACACUUUCAGAGAGAGAGGCAAGCAUAAGGAAAGACCAGAGAGAAAAAAAGAAAGAAAGAAACUUUGAGACAAGAAUGGCAGAUCAACAGCUCGUUCAGAAACAAGAAGUGAUUCAGCAAAGCCCUCUCGAAGCUCCUCCGCACUCCACGGAGCCCCCGGACUUCUCUGUCCUCCGCCUCGAUCACCAACAAGACCACUCUCCCUGCGCCAACUGCGGCUUCUCCGGCGCCGGAAAUUCCCACAAACGGCCUUCGCCGACCUCCAUCAACUCCCAACAACCCAAAAAGCUCAUUCUUGACCCCAACACCCCCACCGCUUAUCCUCUCCUCCGGCGCUGCGUCUCCGGCCCCUUACACCUUCCUCCUCCGGUUCAGUCCCCGCCAGAGUCCUAUCCGGCCUCGGCCUCGGGCGUUUCGUCGAACGCCUCGCCGGACACCGCGCUGAAUCUCGGCCCGCUCGUCCACUACUCUGCCUCCUCGGCUGCCGCCGCUGCUCUGGCGAUCUAUCUCCGUUCCCAUUCCGUUUCCGUCCCCGGAGAAAUCGCUUUCGAGGACCUCGAGCUCUAAUGAGUUUGACAAGACUGACAAUUCGAAGAAUCUGACAAAGAUUAGGAAUUGUUGGAAGGAGAUAAACUUGUCGAUGGAAGAGUUCAUGAGAGUUGAACAUGAAUCAGAG